AUGAGAGAAGCAAGUCGGCAGCUGCUGCUGCCGCCUCCUCAACUACAGCUCCUGCUGCCGCAUCUUGUUCUGCUGCUGCUGCUGCAGCUGCCUGCGUCCACAGUAGGCUAUUCCGUCCGCAGCUCUCUUAGCCUUAACUUCUUUCCCACGGAUCAGUCUUCAAAACCCGCCUCUCCCUUAUUAAGUCGUAGAAAUCUCUCUAAAGGUGACUCUCAGCGUUUUUCGGGUCCCUCGUCGGCCCUAAAGUCAGUUAAUUUAUUAAGUCGUGGGGGGGAAUCGAACGCUGGUCCCCCUGCAGUAUCACCUGAGGCGCUGCAAAGGGUAGAGGACUUGGUAAAGAAAAACAAACUUUUUGUCCUUCUCAAGGGCACCCCUGACGAGCCCCAGUGCGGCUUCAGCAGGGUCACGGUGCAGGCGCUCCAGGCAUGCGGGGUGGAGAAAAUCCCAUACUUCGACGUAUUGUCGGACCCGGAGCUGCGGGAAGCUGCAAAAGUAUUUGGCCAGUGGCAGACCUUCCCUCAGGUGUACGUAAACCAGGAGCUAAUCGGGGGCUGCGAUAUCAUUUUGGAAAUGUUCAGAAAUCAAUCCCUACAUCAGCUUUUAAAGGAUCACAAUCUCGUAGAGCCCGCAAACCCUGAGCCUCAAUCUACAGGCGCGUAG